AUGAUGCACGCCGCGCUGACUCUCUGGAUCCUAUCAGCAGUGAUCUGCGUAGGAAGAGGCCAUCACCACAUCGGUCAUGGCGAAGAGGGAGAUCAAGCGGAGGAGGGUGGCGCUGAAAGGGGCCCCGCCAUAGUGUUGAGGGAAAACAAUCACUUUGCUUUCCGACUCUAUAAGAAGUUAUCAGAACACGCCGACUCUCGAGGCAAGAACAUCUUCUACUCCCCCAGCAGCGUGUCUCAGGCCUUGGCGGCCCUGUCGGUUGGCGCCCGCGGGGAGACCCAUAAGCAGCUUUUUAGCGGUCUGGGUUACAACAACUCCCUCCUGACGCAGACAGAUGUGGAUCAGGCCUUUCAGACCCUCAUGGAGAGGAUGAACAUGAACAAAGAAGUCAGCGAGGGGACCGCCGUAUUCGCCGACAACCGCUUUGAGGCACGGCCCGAGUUCUUGGAAACCUUGAGGCAGUUCUACUCUGCAGAUGGGUUCAAUGUUGACUUCACCAAAACCAAAGAAAGCGCCGACACCAUCAACAAGUAUGUGGCGGGGAAGACCCACGGGAAGAUAGACAAGCUGGUGGAGGACAUGGAUCCGAGCACGGUCAUGUACCUCAUCAGCUACAUCUACUACAAAGGUGAGCGUCUCUCAGAGGAAACGGCGUGCUGAGUUUAGAUAUCUCUAUAUGACAUCUCUGCUGAUCUCCAUCACACAGGGCAGUGGGCGAAUCCAUUUAAUACAGCGCUCACCGCAGAGGCUGAUUUCAACGUGGACGAGAACACGAAGGUUUAAACUUUACUCUGAACUCGACAUGUGCGUCCUGAACUGAGAGUUUCCCUGACUUUGUGUCUUUAUCGUUAAUUUUCAGGUUAAAGUCCAGAUGAUGAAUAUGGAGGAGAUGCUUGACACCUACCAUGACCAAGCCAUCAACACCUCAGUGCUCCACCUCCCCUUCAAUGACUCCUUCUCCAUGCUGCUGCUGCUGCCUGAUAACAUGGAAACGCUGGAGAACUCCAUAUGUCCGGCUCAUGUCACCAAGUGGCUGAAGUGGAUGCGGCCCAGGUGAGGAGGGUCGAGAUCUGGACUUCAGUUGUUGGAGAUAUUUGAAACAGUUAAACGUGACUCCAUCCUGUCAGAUCAGUCACUGUGUGUUUAUUCUUUGACCUUUAGCAUGCAUGAUGUCUACGUCCCGAAGUUCUCCAUCAAGUCCUCGUACAAGCUCAACGACAUGUUGAUCAGUAUGGGAAUGUCAGACAUGUUCGGAGACCGCGCAGACCUGAGCGGCAUCUCAGAGGGACAGAAACUGGCGGUCUCAGAGGUGAGGACCCCUAACCCUGACCCUAACACUCCUGACCUUUAGAAGUUACUGGGUCACAAUGUUUUGUGGCGCAGAGGAAGCGUUCAGGCUUCACCUCUUUGUCUGAGUCAUGUUUUGAUCCUGUGUGAUGAUCAUAUAUCUGAUCUCUCCGUUAUCCUCCAUCCACCCUCACCUCUGCAGGUCGUGCACCAAGCCACCCUGGAUGUUGACGAAGCCGGCGCCACCGCAGCAGCCGCUACAGGCAUCGGCAUCACCCUCAUGUCUAUGCGCUUCGUCCCCGUUCUGAAGUUUAACCGCCCGUUUAUGGUGGUCAUCACUGAACGCCAAACACAAAACAUCCUUUUCAUGGGUAAGAUCGUCAACCCGACCAUCUGA